UAGUAUCGAUAAGACGUUCUUAGUUUCACUUCUUUCGUUCGAAUAGUCAAAAUGAAUCUUGAAAAGUUACUCAUUGUUUUGACCCUUUCGAAUUUUCUCGCGGACUUCGUUGUUUCUUUUGUGAUAACAGGCCCUGUUAUAGCGGCAGGAAUAGCGACGCUUUUCGGUAGCGGUGGAUUAUUUUACUACAAGACUGAACACUGUACCGAUGGUUGGAUCUCACCAAACAUGACCGGACUAAAGAAGUCUCUUGAUAACCGGUUAUUCGGCCAGCAUUUGGUCAAAGACAUCGUCUAUAAAGCUGUCAAGGGACAUGUCACAAAUAAAUCGCCACAGAAAGCUCUGGCGCUGUCUUUUAAUGGCUGGACAGGAUGUGGUAAAAACUAUGUCAGUAAGAUAAUAGCAGAGCAUCUGUAUAGAAAGGGAAUUGAUAGUUCCUAUGUACAUGUUAUGAUUGCCACUCAUGACUUUCCUCAUAAAUCCAUGGUCGAAACUUAUAAAGAGCAAUUGAAGCGCUGGAUUGUUGGUAAUGUAACCAAAUGUGGGCGGUCAAUGUUUAUUUUUGACGAGAUGGACAAAAUGCCAGAGGGACUUGUUGGCGUGCUUAAACCCUUCCUGGACCACUAUCCAGAUGUUGCAGGAAUUGAUUUUAGAAAAUGCAUAUUCCUAUUUCUGAGUAACACUGGUGCCCAUAGCAUAAAUGAAGAAACUCUAAUGAACUGGCAACGAGGUCGUAAACGUGAAGAUAUGACUAUCAAACAUAUGGACCAUUUAAUAAAUCUCGGGGCAUUUAACAGUAAUGGGGGUUUUUGGCACACUACACUGAUUGAGAAGCAUCUUAUUGAUUAUUUUGUACCAUUUCUCCCUCUUGAGCGGGCACACAUCAAGCAGUGUGCUCUUGUUGACUUACAGGACAAAGGACGUAAGAGAGAAGAUAUUACUGAUGACUUGCUCAAUAUGAUUGCAGAUGAGCUGUUGUAUUUUCCUGAAGGAACUAGGGUGUUCUCUAAGUCAGGGUGCAAGAAAGUGUCAAGUAAAGUGGAUAUUAUUAUAGGGUGACAAGUGAAUAUCUACCACAUUUGGGUGACUAAAACAGCAAAUGAUAUACACCUUAAGUGUUACCAGUUAAAUUGUGAAUUUUAUUUUGAAAAUAUUAAAACAAACUUUGCCA